AUGUCUGGCUCCCUGGCCGGAAGCGCGGCGAUACUCGCCAACAGUUCCAAGCUUCAUGCUGUUAUAGCCGGCUCGGGUCAUUUGGCUUUGAAGGAAUUGAAAGCAAAGCUUGAUGGGGUCAAGUUCUCUGCGACAAGGGGACUAAUGGGGAAUUACGAAAUUCAAGCUGACUCCAGUUUUGAAUCUCGAAGUCCAGAUGCCUCAAUCAAGAGCGAAGAAAAGAAACACCCCUGGGCCCCUCUAUCAGUUCAUCUCCCAGUCAUUGUAGCGACCUUUGCCGCUCCGAUAAUCGCCAUUGGUGUGCUUGAGCUUCUAUACCACAUUCUUAGAGACGAAGGCCAUCUUGUGCAGAUCAAUGGAGAUACGGCUACGUUAUCAUACAUCAUUCGCAUCGCAUCGACCCUGAUCGUCUUUGGUAUAGCUACAAUGAUCAACAACCUGGACUCCACCAUUGUCGUUUUUGCUCCUUACUCGAAUCUGCGGUUUGGUAGCGCCCCGGCCGAUCGGAGCAUUCUCUUCCAUCUCCUCUCGGUCAACCCGUUCCUCGUUAUGUUCAAGUCUCUUCAGCGCCGCCAACUUGGACCAGCACUAUCCAACGGGGCGACACUCAUUGCAGGAUUCCUGACUAUCAUAGUGUCUGGUCUUUGGACACCGGCCAACUCCUUGAUCAGUAAUCAGCCUUCGGUCGCAGCUGUAAACAACUGGGAUCGUACUUGGUUUUCUAACGCUAGCUAUGACGGAGGCGCGGCCUCUGGUUUGAACCUGAUACGCUUCGGCGGCGCGAGAACACCCACAGGGAUCUGGAAAGAUGUGGUGGUACCCAAGGUGUCCCUCUCAGCUGAUUUUGCGGUGUCGGACAGCGUGCGUCGUAGCGCUAAUUACUCCUACGAUGUGUUGGCUCUCCAACCCUCCUUGAACUGUACCAUCAUAUCACAGGAUGAUAUAUCAACCAGGAACAUGAGCUAUCAAGUGUCGGCUGGGCGAAUGGGCAUGUACGCUUCGGCAACUGGCACAUUAAUCACUGUUCAGCCCCCAGGUAUAGAUCGACGGUGCUCUAAUUCUUCGAUCAACGGUUUUGCGAACCUGACCUUCGGAAUGGAACUCCGUACUACGGACCCAAGGUGGAUUGGAAAGUACUUUGAUCUACCUCAAUCGACUGCAGGUCAGGUUUUCGUCGAUUGUCCGUCAAUUGGCAUGGUAUUUGGCAGUGUCACCAGAAACAUAACAAUAGAGAAGGAUCUCACAGCUAUGGUUUGUUCUCAAGGAAUCAAGCAAGUUCCCGUGAGAUUGACAUACAGCGGGAAUCCGGCCCUCGGGAAAAUCGACAGUAUGCAUACACAUGGUGAGUACAAGAGCGUACAGAAUGGCACAAGCAAGGUGUAUACCCUAGGGUAUAAGCUCGAGGGGUUUCUAGACGCAAACCUUUUUUCUUUUCCUGCCAACUUAUCGGCCGAGUUAUAUGACUCCUUUUUUAAUCACCUACUGCUUCGCCCCAAGGGCUAUUCGCGAGAUGACCUCUCAGGGCUCAAGAAUGCGGAUAAGUUCGUUCGGGCGGUGACACAGGACUACAAUGAGUACCUCAGGCAUGUCAUCAAUCGCAAUUUCAGAGCCGGAAAACAGAGUCCUAUUGUUAACCUUCUGAGCGCUACCGAGGACAAAUCUGCAAGGUCUCUAUCGACCCACUCGAUGAUCACUGGCGAGUUCUCCGCUGAAGUGACACAUCUCAUCGUCGACAAAGCAUCGAAGCUCAUCCUCCAGGUUCUCCUUGGCACUAUGACAGUCCUCAGUUUUAUAGGCUUCUGUCUUGUCAAGAUAAAAGGGACUCUUCCUCGGGAUCCCUGCAGCAUCGGAAGCACCAUGGCCCUGCUUGCAGACUCGCAGAUAUGUGACCCAAAAUCCGGUAUUAUUCCUGGGGCGGCGCAGCAGAUGAGUGAGAGCCAGUCGACGAGGGUGUUUGACGGAUGGAUCUUUAGCCUUGGAUGGUGGAGUUCUGGCGCUUCGGUUGCUCCUAGCCUAGCACCAGAGGAUACACAUGUUUCGGAUACUGCUCGGAAAUUGGACAGUGGCAGAGUCAUCACAGAGAUACACGGCGGGAAAAGAUUUGGUGUUGAUGUUGGAAAAGCCAAUGGCUAG